GUAGUAAUAAUAUAAAUAAAUAAAAAGUAAGUUAGAGAGACCCUAAAAUUAGAGAAGAAAAGUAAUACUAAAAAGGAGAAAAGCGGCUUGGUAAAGGGUGAGAAGAGAAACGCCAUCUGAAUGCCGAGAUUCAUGAGGGUAGUGAAGGUUUGAUAUGACUGUGUCAAUGGCUUCCAAACUACAACUUCAUCAAAACGUUGAGGUGAAGAGUAGUGAAACUGGAUUUCUGGGUUCAUGGCACUUAGCUACUAUCGUUGGUUUUAAUGAUUUUGUUCCACAAGUUCAAUACCAUCACCUUCUCUCUGAUGACAAGGAAGAAGAAGCUUCUAUCAACUUGAUUGAAUCGGUUAACCUUUCUCCAAUUAGGCCUUUCCCACCUCCACUUCAAUUUCACACAUCCCUUCUAUCUUAUGGACAAUGUGUUGAUUUGUUUUAUCAAGAUGCUUGGUGGGAAGGAGUUAUAUUUGACCAUCAAAAUGGUGCCCUAAACCGAAGAAUUUUCUUUCCAGAUAUGGGUGAUGAAAUCAAUGCUCAACUCCACAAUCUACGUAUAACUCAAGAUUGGGAUCAGGUUUCACAACAAUGGAAUCCUCGUGGUACCUGGAUGUUUCUUCAAAUUAUUCACGAGAUUGAGAAUCUCCAUCCCCUUUUCGUCUCACUCAAACAAAUUUGGUAUCAAAUCCGGGAGAAGAAUGCCUACAAAUACCUCAAGGAAUGGACAUCUACUUCGGCUGAUAUCUGGAGGAACUUGAUUAACCAAGUUGUGCAUGAAAACGCUAUCUUAACCGUCAAGCAUUUCUUUUGUGAGUCCAACACUUCACCAGGCUUUCUAGAGGGAGGCCCAUUGCUAGAAUUUUCACAACCCACUGAAACAUAUUUUCAUAACUCAGCCAUUUUACCUUUUAUUGAAGCCAUAUGCAAAUCAAUUAGCGGGGAGAUGAUGUGUAUGGAUCGGGAGGUAUCAUGUAUAGAUAAAAAACUUGUUUCGGAGGGUUUUGGACCAAUCUCAGACAAUGUUCCAUUGAGUGCUAGUGCUUUAUUUAGCUCAGUUCUACCAAGCCAAGAAGAACUACAAGCUGUAUCACCUAAUGCUUUGCCAGUUUUACACCCCCCUAAAAAUGAAAUUUCUGGUACUUCGUCAAUUACUAAGAGUGAGAGACUGAACUUUGAGUCUUCCAAUAAAAUACAUUCUAGAAAGAGGAAGCGAGUUGAGUGGAUGACCAUCGCCCAUGUAGCUGAGCUUUGUCCUGAUGCAGUUUCUGAGUACAAUGAUAAUUAUAUGUCGAACCACAGGUCCCCAGAAUCCUUGCAAAAACUUAAGAUACAUUUGUUUCACUUAGGAUGGAAAAUUGAGCAACCAAAGGAUCGCAGCAUCACUAGGACACGGUACAUUGCUCCUGAUGGAAAAAUAUUCCAAUCACUUCGUCAAGUUUGUAAGAUGUUGGAAAAGUCAGAAACUUGGGCAGAAGACCAAAAAACAUCAUAUGAUGGUUCAUCUGAUGACCUCAACUUGUCUACUUGCCUGGCAAAAACAAAGACACGCAGUCAGGUGUCUGAGCUGCCAUAUACUUCUCAAGAACCAAUCAUUGAUCCUGAAAUCUGCCGUGAAGCUGUGAUUGAAUAUUGUUCACGGGGAUCACCAGGCAAUCCUGCCUAUAAGAAAUUGAACAGUGGGGAAAAGAAGUUUACGAUCAUGAAAGCUAAGAAGCACCUAGCUGCAAUAGGAUGGAUAUUUUAUUAUUAUCGGGGAAGGGACAAGAGAGAAUUGCGGUACCAUUCUCCUCAUGGGAAAACAUUCAACACUCUUCUAGGGGCAUGCAGAUGGUGUAUGCAGCAGUGGAAAGCUGAGGAACAGAUGCCUGAAUUAUUUUCCCAGUCAACUGUUCUAGAAUAUCAGGGGAAUUUGGCACCUCAGAGAACCUCAUGUGAGAAGUUAUCAGCGGCGACUUUUGCUGUCCUACCACUUGCUAAAGAACCUGCUCAACUUAAUAAAGUCAAAGUUUGUGAAAUCAGUAAAACAAGAAAGAAGACUAUUCAUGGAGGUGGCAUGUUGAAAAAAGAAAAUGAAUCUAGAUCUUCAAGAACAGUAACAGAUGGUACAGAAUCUGAGUCUUCAGUUGGUCUGUUGCGAUCCAGUAAAAAAGCUCGGCAGGGGACACUUUAUUCUUCCUUGCAUCAUACACCUCGAACAGUUUUAUCUUGGUUGAUUGACAAUAAUGUGGUUCUGCCGCGUGCGAAAGUGCAGUAUCGUGGGAAAAGAGAUGGUCGUCCAAUGGCAGAAGGGCGGAUCACUCGUGCAGGGAUCAAAUGCAAGUGCUGCCAAAAAGUUUAUGGAAUUAGCAGUUUUGAGGUGCAUGCUGGAAGUAGUUAUCACAGACCUUCAGCAAAUAUAUAUUUGGAAGAUGGACGAUCCCUUCUUGAUUGUCAACUGCAGAUGAAAGAAAAGACUAGUUUAAGACACACGAGGAAGAGAACCCCUUUGCUGAAAAAGCGCAGCCAUUUGGGCACUAAUGACUAUGUGUGUUCCGUGUGCCAUUAUGGUGGUGAAUUACUUUUGUGUGAUGAAUGCCCGUCUUCCUUUCAUACUGGUUGCCUUGGAAUGAAGGAGAUCCCAGAUGGAGAGUGGUUUUGCCCAUCAUGCUGUUGUGAAACAUGUGGCGAGAGCAGAUUUGAUAAAAACAAAGACCAAUUUACUGACAGCAGUCUACUUAUCUGUUUUCAGUGUGAUAACAAGUAUCAUGCUCGGUGCAUAAGAAAUAAGGGUUUUCAAAAGCUGGAUUAUCAUCCUGUAGGAAGUUGGUUUUGCAAUAAGAGAUGUGAGCAGAUAUGUUUGGGUAUCCGCCAACUUUUGGCAAAGCCAGUUGUGGUGGGAAUUGAUAACCUCACUUGGACUUUAUUGAAAUACGUGAAACCUGAUGAUUUUGAUUCAGAUGCUGCUAAUGAUGAGUUCAUCUUGGAGACUUAUAGUAAACUUAGUGUCGCUCUGGAUGUGAUGCAUGAAUGCUUCGAGCCUGUCAAAGAACCUUACACAAGGAGAGAUCUUAUAGAAGAUGUUAUCUUUAAUAGAUGGUCAGAGCUGAAUCGCUUAAAUUUUCAGGGUUUCUAUACUGUGCUUCUGGAAAGAAAUGAUGAAGUUAUUUCAGUAGCAACUGUAAGGGUUUAUGGAGAAAAGGUAGCUGAGGUUCCUCUUGUAGCAACAAGAUUUCAGUACCGCCGACUUGGAAUGUGUCGCGUCUUAAUGAAUGAGCUUGAAAAGAAACUCUUGGAAUUAGGAGUUGAGAGGCUAGUUUUGCCUGCUGUACCAACUGUGCUAAACACAUGGACCACUUCAUUUGGUUUCUCACUGGUGAAAGAAUCUCAGAGGUUAAACUUCUUGAAUUACACUUUCCUUGAUUUCCAGGGUACAACAAUGUGUCAGAAACUUCUCCAGAAUAUCCCUCCAGAGGUAUCAAGUGAAUCAACAGAAGCUUAUCAAACUCAAUUUGACCACAUAAACAGCAAGGAGAAUGUUGAGUUGGAUGGAAACAGUGCGCUUUCUGAGGUCUUCCAAGCUGAGCAAAUUGAGGAGAGUGCAAUUGUGGACCAAGGAUCUACAGAGUAUGUUCCCCCUUUGAUUUCUGUUUUUAAGGACUGAACAAGGAGACUACAACAACAUACAAGUGCAAUCCCACUAAGUGGGAUCUGGAGAGGGUAGGGGUACACAGACCUUACCACUGCAUAUGUAGACUCAUUUAAAGAGUCUGUUUCCGAAAGCCCAUCGGCUCAAGUACAUCCAAUUCCAGUAACAGUAGAAGAAAACAAUGAAAGAAAGCAUAACAAUAAAAACGAAAAGCAGUGUAGUUCCUACAAGAAAGGAACAAUACCGCAGCAAAUAGUGUGAUAAUUGAAAUACAACACACAAUAUCUGACGUUAUAUAACAAAGGCAAGACAACACUCUACCUCUAUUACCUUCUAUCCUAAUACACGAUUUCCAUUCUUUCUUAUCUACGGUCAUCUUCUCAGUGAAGUUGGUCAUAUUCUGUCUAAUCACCUCUUCCCAAUAUUUUUUGGGCCUACCUCUACCCCUCCUCAUACCCCCUACAACCAGCCUCUCGCAGCUCCUCUCUGGAUUGUUAGUGCAUCUCCUCUUGAGUGUUCACAUGCCCAUCUCUGACUCUCUUUUCUCAUCUUGUCUGCACAGGGGCCUAUCCCACCUUCUCUCGAGUAAUCUCAUUCUUAAUCUUGUCGCUCCUAGUAUGACCGGACAUCCAUCUCAACAUCCUCAUCUCCGCAAGACGCAUCUUCUGAACAUGUGAAUUUUUGACUGGCCAUCACUCCACCCUAUACUACAAGGAUGAUCUAACCACCGCUCUGUAGAACUUUCUUUAAGUUUAGGUGGUACAUUUUUAUGAGGCAAGCCUCCAUCUCAUCCUAGCCGUGCCAUGCGAUCAUCGUCGAUGUCCCACUUCCCUGGAUCAUGGAUCCAAGAUAUUUAAAACACUCUCUUGGGAAUAGUCUGUGUGGCAAGCCUUACUUCCCAUUUGCUUCAUCCGACGCAACACUGAAUUUGAACUCUUAAUUUUCCGUGGUGGUCCCGCUCAACCUGAACUCUUUGGAGUCCAGAGUUUGUCUCCAAACCUCAAAACUAGCAUUAACUCUGUCCCGUGUCUUCAUCAAUCAAUGCAAUGUCGUCCGCAAAUAACGUACUCCAUGGAACCUCCUCUUGAUUAGACCGUGUCAACUAAUCCAUCACCAUGGUGAAUAGGGAAGGGCUAGAACAGAUCCCUGUUGCAGCCCCAUCUCAACUGGGAAGUGCUCCGAAUCUCUAUGUCUUUAGGAGGCUGAUCAUUCUAAUCACAUAUUAAAGUGUCAGCUAAUCCUCUUCUGCAAUAUAAGGUGAGAGCAGGGGCAUGUUUUAUUGGGCUUGAAAUCACUGUAUGGGAUGUGAAAGAUUCAAAUUUUUAUUAAUUGAGAAUAAACCACAAUUCGUCUGUAUGUGAGGAUGCCUAGGCUUUAGUUUCAAAUUGUUGAAAAACUAUGUUUUACACAUUUAAGUAGGAGUUAUCUCAGUGAAACAAUUUCUAUUUCGUUGGUGUUAUUUCUUUGUUUUACUGUAAUACUCAAGAAACAUGGUCAGUCAGGGAUUCAUACCCAGCAUGUAUGGCGUAAUUGUUGGUGUUGCAGAUUUGGAGCAUUACUCAAAUAGUUUUGAUUAGGCUCAGUGCAAGAAAAUUUAUUUAGUGUUGAAUUUGGUCAUGUCUAAUGUUCUAUUGGUGAGAUUUCACAUAUUACAAUUUAAGAGAAGAUGACGCAGAAAGUAAAUUGAAUUACUCUUGCCUUUUUUAAGCUUUCCUCUUAAGGGGAUGACCAGAUCUCUGGUAUGGAUCAUUUAAUGUUUUUGCUCAAAAUGUUGAUGAAGUAUGCUGCUUGAGGGCAAUUGGUCUUUCAACAUGCUUAUUGAGAUGAUGUUUUCCCCAAUCAGGAACUAACAAAAACAGUGCAAAAGAUCCUAUUUAGAAUGUCAUAUGAUUAGCACAAACCACCAAAAUGCCCCUAACCAAUCCACAGUAUGAAUAGGAGGCACUAACUGUGUACUUAGCUUUUAUCAUCAUGUUAACUUUGGCACGGGCUCUUCAUUUUUCGUUGUCAAAUUACAGUUUUGAACAUUCUGCUUAAGGAAUAAGGUCUCUUGUGUGUAUCAUUUAAUAUUAUUGCUUAAGAAGUGUAUGAGGUAUCAGCUUGAGAAAAGCGGUCUAUCAAUCUGUUCAUUGAUAUGAUGUACACCCAACAAAGGGUGUAAAAAUUGUUGUUAUUUUACUGGUUCACAAAAGGUUUUCUUUAGGAUAGAUGUGGAUCAAGAAUAUCGUAGCAAUUGCCAACUUGAAAGGCUUGAUAUUCUUGAUUCUUCUUCUUGGUGAGAGAGUACAUCUGAUUUAUAGGUGUCAGAAAUAAAAAGUUAUUUUGCAGAAUUAGAAGCUCUAUAUUGAAGCCUUCUUCUAAAGACCUCACAAGAUUAAGCCCACCCCCAACUACAAGAGUGUGUAACGAAGGAACAAAGAUGUGAACUUAGCUUGUCUGGGGAUUUCUUCAUUUUUGAAUUUCACUCAGAUAGGUGAAGAAAAACUCGACUUGGCAAAUAUAGUGGUUAAAAAGUGUUCUCAAGUGAGUUUGCUCCAUAGGUAACACAGAGACACAAUGAUUACGUGGUGAAUAGUAGAUACUAGCAGGUCCACCCAUAGGAUGGUGCAUAAACUUUCAGAUGCAAGAUGAGAGAGUUGGAUUUACUCCUCCAUUAUCUUUGGUGUGAAAUAUGUCUAUUCGUUGAAGAGCCAGGGAUAGUGGAUAGAGGAUUAGAAAGUUCAGCAAAUGAACAUCUUACUUAUUGAUCUAUUUUAUUGUAAAAGAACGUUGGGUUGUUGAGUCUGCCUGUAGUUAGUUAUAUUUUAGGCUGUUCAGUGUUGAUUGACCUUGGAACAGUGAACACAUUUAGGAUCCAAAUGUGCACUUAGAACUUGAUUGUGUUCUUGUGUCCAAA